AUGGAAGCGGCAGCAAAACGCUUCUUUUCAUCCCCAUACUUUGCCGUAGUCGGCGCGAGUCAAGAUAAGAGCAAGUUCGGCUAUCGGAUACUGGCAUGGUAUCAUGUCCACUCACUUCCUGUGAUACCGAUCAACCCUGGUCGGCCGUCAAUAGCACUGCCAUCCAAGACGUACGACACUGUGCCGUCGGUCUCGGCUCUUCCGGACCCAGCCACGACAGCCUUAUCUUUUCUCACUCCCCCGGCUGUCACGAGGAAAGUGUUGGAAGAGGCUAAAUCCGCCGGAGUUGGUGCGGUGUGGUUGCAACCAGGGAGCUUUGACGACGAAGACUUGAAAUUCGCCAAAGAGAAUUUCGAGUCUGCUGUAGGAGGAUUUGAGUCUGGCACUGUUGGCGGAGAGGGAUGGUGUGUCCUUGUUGACGGCGAGGAGUCACUCAGAGCAGCAGGUAAAGAAAUUGUCAGGCAAAAGCUAUAG